GGCUCAGUCACUCCGCUGCUAGCUGGAGGUGCUCUAGCCGGAGGUGAACCGAACUGGAGGCGGCCGGCGGCCAGAGCGGAAGAGAUCCAGCUCGAGCUGGGCGUCGAGAUGGGCAGGGCGCCGUGCUGCGACAAGGCGAGCGUGAAGAAGGGCCCGUGGGCGGCGGAGGAGGACGCCGUGCUCAGGGCCUACGUCGCCGAGCACGGCACCGCCGGCAACUGGAUUGCGCUCCCCCGCAAGAUCGGGCUCAACAGGUGCGGCAAGAGCUGCCGGCUGCGGUGGCUCAACUACCUCCGCCCCAACAUCCGGCACGGCGGCUUCACCGGCGAGGAGGACCGGCUCAUCUGCAGCCUCUACGCCAGCAUCGGGAGCAGGUGGUCCACCAUCGCCGCGCAGCUGCCGGGGAGGACGGACAACGACGUCAAGAACUACUGGAACACCAAGCUCAAGAGGCGCCUGCUCGGCGGCGGCCGCCGCCCCAUCAGGUACGCGCUGCCGCUGCCGCAGCAGCCGCGCCUCCUCCUCAUGAGCCCCACGGGUGGCGGCGCCGCCUCGACGGCGCUGGAGCGGAUGCAGCUAAGCGUGCAGCGGCGCCACGUCGGCCUCCAAGACACGCCGGGGCUCCCCUUCUACAGCAACCUCUGGCCAGCCCAGCAGUCUGUACUCUCUCCUGCCGCUGGCUACUCCGGGUUCUGGUCUCAUAUCCAAACCAGUACCUACCCGGGCCGCGUUAACGUGCAAGAUCAUCAGCGCGCCUGGGGCAGCGGCGGCACCACGCCGCUGUCCACGAGUUCCACCGGCGAGACAGCGGUGGGCGUAGGGAGCUCGAGCUCGACACCGGCAGCGAGCUCCGUGACUUUCGACGGAGACAUGGAGGACGAGAUCGAGAUGCUGCUCCAGCAGAUAGGGUGCUUGGAGGAGGAAGACAGCCGCCUGCUGAUCGGCGGCGAGGCGGGCAGCGCUGGUUCUUGGAGCUCCUGCUCUACCCCAGGAGUGGACUCAGUGUUCCAGGGCUAUGUACAAGGGCACGGGCAGUAGAAUUAUAUGCAUUUCAGACCUGAAUAUGAUCCGCAUACCAUAGUCUAUAGGCAUGUAAAUAUGUAUGCUAGCUUCUUUUUUCAAGAUCUGGAUUGAUACGAGUGUAUCGUAAAUGCAGAACAAAUAUACAGUAUACAUAUGGGAUAUCA